AUGUUGCCCUGGUUUUUCUCCUCAAAGGCCCUCCACUCGCCCCAGCAGCAGCCAAUCCGCCGCUCGCCAGCGCUCUCGCUCCUACACUAUGAGACCCCGUCGCCGCCACCCUCGUCCCGCGUGGACCCAAAGCUCAAGCGACGGCCACGACGUCCCCUUCGUGUAUGGGACUAUUGGAAGUUCGGGGCAGUCGUUGCUGCCAAAGCGACCGAGGUCACCUCCGAUGUUCUCUCGCAUCAUAUUUGGGGACCGCGGCGAAAAUCUUGGGGUAUCGAAAUGACCAUCGUCACAAGUCUUAUGCGCGGAGCAGAGAGGCACAGUGCACUCAUGGACAUUGCGAGUUGCCUCCCCUCCAUCCGACAUCCGUCGUCCUAA